GUCCGGUUCACGUGCCGAAUCACGUGCGUUUCUUAUACAUACGCCGGGUUGUUUUUUUGUGUGAUUAACUUUGGACUUUAAUGUAGUUUAUUCUUCACAGGGAUGGAUAGCCGUCACCACUGGAAGGCGAUUCUACAAGUGACAGUUUUCUAUUUUUAUUUUAUCGGAUCCGUUGCGUUCCAACCGGAUUUUGCCGAGCCCAUUAAAAAUAUGUCAGUGCCAGUCGGACGCGACGCCACGUUCCAGUGUGUCGUCCAUCAUUUGGGAGGAUACAGGGUGGGAUGGGUAAAAGCGGACACGAAAGCCAUCCAGGCGAUUCACGAUCACGUCAUCACCCACAACCCGAGGAUAUCCGUGUCGCACAACGAUCACGUGACGUGGAAUCUGCACAUCAAGAACGUACAAGAGGAGGACAAAGGACAAUACAUGUGCCAAAUUAAUACUGAUCCGAUGAAAAGUCAGGUGGGUUUCCUGGACGUGUCCGUUCCGCCCGAUUUCACCGAAGAAACUUCCGGCGAUUUGCUGGUACCCGAAGGCGGUACCGUCAAAUUGACGUGCCGAGCCAAAGGCCAUCCGGAUCCGCACGUGCAAUGGCGCAGAGAGGACGGCAAGGAUAUUGUCAUCAGAGAACCGGCCGGUACCAGAACAAAAGUAUCAUCAUAUCAAGGUGAAAUGUUGCAGCUGUGGAAGAUAUCUCGUACGGAAAUGGGCGCUUACAUGUGCAUAGCAUCAAAUGGCGUUCCACCGACAGUCAGUAAAAGGGUUAUGGUUAAUGUACAUUUUCAUCCGGUAAUUCAUGUUCCAAACCAGUUAGUCGGGGCACCGCUUGGAACCGACGUCACCUUGGAAUGUUACGUGGAAGCUUUUCCCAAAUCAAUCAAUUAUUGGGUGCGAGAUACAGGUGAAAUGGUGAUAUCGAGUAACAAAUACGACGUGCAAGCCGUCAGCAAGUCCGCAUUCGAAGUGAAAAUGAUCGUGACGAUAAGGAGCCUCCAAAAAGAUGACGUCGGUUCGUACAGAUGCAUCGCCAAGAAUUCUCUCGGCGAAGUCGAAAGCAACAUACGCCUAUACGAAAUUCCUGGUCCUACAAAGUCCUACACGUUAACUCUGGACGAAGAAGACUACAACGACCAGCUGGGUUCGGCCGAAAGAGACCAAGACGAAGAUUUUCUAAACAGUAUAAGUGGUUUUUCCACUUUGGAAACUCCAAAGGAAAAUUCUGAGCGAAGCAAUCGUGUAGCUGACAAAGAAAGCUCAGGUACCUUACGGACAACUUGUCUGAGUUGGCUUGUCGUUGGUGUUUUGAUAAAUUUUUGAAUUGGAUCCGAUUUAUUAUUUCGACAAUAAAAAUAUAAGAGCUGUGUUUGUAACCCUAACUUAUCAAGUUUUCCAUUGUGAUAACAAUUCACUGAAUCGUUUUACUUCGACUAUUAUCGUUAGUGGUUUAAUAGGACUCUGUAAUUGUUUUGACCGAAUUAUCUAGUCAAAAAAAAAACUGUGUUAUGUUAUCUUUGUCCCACUGAAUUUGUUCUUCAUUUAUUGUAAAAAGUUUUACUAGAAAUAUUCACUCAAUUAUUAUAAAUAAUAUUGGAAUUUCGCUUAUAAAAUGCUUUAUAUUUAAAAAAAUAAAAGGAA